AACUUCUGUGACACUGUCUGAUUUUCUGGCUCGCCGAUCAUCGCUCUCCCGCCUCCUUUCUCCAUGAUUCCCAUCCCAAACAGGAUCACAGCACAUCCGUUCAUCCCCUGAUUCUCCUCGCCAAAAUGCUUGGCUUUUACUGUAAUUCUGAACCCCGGGGCCAGCCCCAGUGAUCUCCGGCUGUGGUCGCCUGAGAUUCCGAGGUUUGGAGGGAAGGCCUUGAUCUCCGAACUUCAGGAUCAAGAUAUUUCUGAGACUCGGGAGUCAAGGUCAGAAUAAUCGCCAGCACUGAGCAGAUCUCUGGUCUUAUUAACCCUGCUCUGUUAUUGACACCUUCAGCCACACCACGCGACGAUCAUCGUCCAACUGUGUUAAUCUGCUCGAGACGAAGAAACUUGGCAAUCCGAUGCACCAGUUGAAACGCCGCCCAAUUCUCUUGACCUUGACUCUCGAGCCACUGCCUUGCCAGGGAUUGCCGACUUCCAACGUCGCCUUAUGUUCUAGCCCUCAGCAUUUAUUGUAUGAAUGCAUGGGUACGGAUGGGAACGGACGGGAUGGAAAGGGACGGAAUGGCGCAGCUGCCGCAACCCGCGGCCCAACUCCUAAACAAACAAGCAUUACCUCAGUCGAAAAAGCCUCCGAGUUAAUCUCAAAAAUGAUGCCGCGAGCACAUGGAAUUAAGCAAGGGAUGUAACCAUUUCGAUAAGGACAUGAAGUUACGGCUCACUAUUCAAGCUCGCGGGGAGCCUCUUGCCUGCAAGCCCUAUUGUGGCCAUCAUUGCCGCCGACCUAGCAAAAAGGUCGUAGGUUCCUGUAAAUCAUGCAAAUACUGUCUUCUAGAGCACUAGUUUGUGCUGCAGCACCCAUUAGCCCGGUUCUGAUUUACAGGAUAUGUCCCUGCUUGCCAGGAAACAGCUCACGGGGCAUCGUCGCAUUCCUGAGCUUUAGACUUUGUCGCUCCGGCCAUGCUCAUCUUCUCAAACACCAUCCCGGCUCAGGACAGGCAGGCUGGCUACCCAGUCCAGCACGACAGGAGCCAACGCGAGGUCGACAAAGACCAAGAAGACGCGUUCGCGACUCGAGCUAGGCGCUUUCGCUGGUCGUGUUUCAUCCCAGGUUUGACAACCUGUCCUCCGAUCAAGCCGCCCGACCCCUCCAUGGCUGUUCCACCAACGCUCAAGGAACACGACCCAGGGACGACCUUGGGUUUCGUGUCCCAGCGCAGAACCAUCGUUGAUUUGUUGUGUGUAAGUGGCUGCGACGGCGUCUAACUGCCUCCCCAACAAUCCACCAACGCUGGAGCCGGAACCCGUUUCCACCUCCGCUAGCCUCAAGUCCUCAGCGCCGAGGAACAGACUCUGGAAUCCGCCACGGCGGAGCUGUUCUGAAUCACCAUCCGUCUGAUCACCAGUCGCCCUACAUGGUCUUCGCCGGCACCAUCAACCGCAAACGCACGGUAGCGACGCCCAUCAUCAAUCGGCUACACACACCUGGUUUCCCUGACGUUUGCCUUCUUUUUUCUUAUUUUUGGGACCUCGACUCCGCAUUCCCCGGCUCACGGCUGCUCCGAAGUUUGGCACGACACGGGCCUUCGUCGUGAUGCUUCGCUCACACCUCUUCCCAUUUCCCAUCACGCCUCUUUUCUCAAACCAAGGUCCCUACUCCCCUGGAUCCACCAGGCCUGCACUGCCCUUGCGAUGGAUCGCAGUCUGUGACAUGGCUGACAUAGUGGUAUUGGGCGAGAGAUAGUGUUCGCCUCAUAUGUUUGACAAGACGUCUCGAUUUCUUGGCAUUGUGACCUCAUCAUGGCAAUAUGCGCAUGCUUAACCUGCGGCAGCUUGUUCCGAAGGAUCUGGAUCCGAAUGGCACUCACUCUAGGCUGAUAGUCUAUAUCAACCCAGCCGGACCUGUCCCUUCUUUCGUUCUCUUCCCUCGAAGCUUUCAAGUCUUCAACAAUACUUUGAAUCUGGUUCAGUUCCUUCACUUUGGCUGGUCCAUUCGUUCCUUGAGUGUCUUUUUCUUUCUCAUAUUCUCCCAUUCCCUCCGGUUCUGUGAACCCGUCCCUUAGUUGUCGUAUUUCGUCAUCGUUUUCAUUUCCACACUUCACCUCUUUGACUAGAGACUUUCAAGAACUCCUUCCAAGAUGAAGAGCUCCAUUCUCCUUUCGAUUGCGGCCAUCGCUGCCCAGGUUAUUGCCCUCCCUACCCAUAAUGAGCGAUCCGUGUCGCUUCCUAUCAGGGACAUGAACCUCGCGCCGCAAGCCGACGUCAGACCCAAGCUUCGUCGUGGCAAGAAUAAGAACGACCAGCAGGAAGAGCAAGCCGAAGCUGCCGAGGGUGCUCAGGAUGACGCUAAGGAUGCCGCCGAGGGUACUGCCGAGAACGGCGCCGCCAAGAAGAAGGACAAGGCAGGCGACGCCGCCGCCGGCGGGGCCGGCAACGCGGCCGGUGGCGGAGCUGCCGGUGGUGGAGCGGCCAACAACGGAACCGCCGACGCCGGCGGCGAGGGCAAAAAGAACAAGAAGGAUAAGGGCAAAAAGAACAAGGGUAAGGAUAAGGAGGCCAAGGCCCAGGGCAAGAAGAAGAAGGAGGCCGCAGAGGCCGGCAAGAAGAACAAGGGCAAGAAGAACAACGGUGGAGGCGGCGCCGCCAACAACGGUACCGCCAACGCUGCCGAUGGCGCGGCGGCCGGCAAUGAAAAUGCAGACAAGGGAAAGAACGCCAAGGAUGAGGGCAAGAAGAACGACGAAGCCAAGAAGAACAAGGGCGCCGGCGAGGGCGCGGUUGCGGGUGUGGGUGGCGCUGCGAAAAACGGAACCGCGGACGCUGGUGGCAACGCCGGCAAGAAUAACGGCAAGAACAACGACAAGGACGGCAAGAAGAACGACGGAAAGAAGAACAAUGGUGAUGCCGCCGAGGGUGGCGCGGCUGCCGGAGGCAAAGCUGCGGACAAGAACAACGAGAACAACAACGCUCAGCAAAACAACGGAAAGAAGAACAAUGCCGGCGGCGAGGGAGGCGCGGCUGCUGAGGGUAAGGGUGCAGACAAGAACAACGAGAACAACAACGCUCAGCAGGACAACGGAAAGAAGAACAAUGCCGGCGGCGAGGGAGGCGCGGCUGCCGGGGGUAAGGCUGCGGAGGAGAACAAAAACAACGCUCAGCAGGACGGCAACAACAUUCUCUCUACCAUCCUUGAGAGUAUCACUGGUGGCGGUGCUGGUGGCGGUGGUGGCAAGGCGGCUGAGGGCGAGCAACAGCAGAACAACCCUCUCUCAUUGCUCACCGGCCUUACCGGACGUGACGAGGAGUCGGCUGAUGCGGAGUAAACUGGAGCGGGCGCUUCUGUCUGGUUCUUGGUGCCUGCGCCGAAGGAUCGGGGGCCGAGUCAGUUUCGAAUAGGGGAUACCUAGCGAGCCCGGCGGGCUCGAUAACCGAAGUCAAUCAAUUACGCUAGAUCAAUUGCUUGCCAAAUGUGUUAUCGAUAUGUCUCGAAUACGGCCAAAUGAAGAGUGGGAAACAAUGAUUGCUUCGCGGUGUGCGCGCAGCUCAGCUGGCUAGAUUUCAC